AAGCUCACGUAUCACUACCAUCACGUAGCCAACGCAGUCUCGCCCGACUCACGUGCGAUUGGCCGCUGCGCGAAAUCAAAUAUCUCAUUUGGCGCUCGGUUCGAAAACUGGCGGUUGAGGCUUUGCAUGGUCGGUUAGUCCCGAUGCUGGAAGUUUUUUUGCAAUUUUUGCCGAGUUAGGACGCAUCCCUGUGGCAAUAUUUCUAAACCCAAGACGCCGCCACACAAUGGAGAACUACGUCAAGGUGGAAAAGAUCGGUGAAGGUACAUAUGGGAUUGUGUACAAGGGAAAGGACAAGCGUGAUGGGAAGAUCGUGGCACUGAAGAAGAUUCGCCUUGAGAGUGAAGAUGAAGGUGUUCCAUCUACAGCCAUACGAGAAAUCGCACUGCUCAAGGAACUGAGACACAAGCACAUUGUUAGGUUGGAAGAUGUACUCAUGGAGGGUAGCGACAAGAUCUACCUUGUGUUUGAGUACCUUUCGAUGGAUCUCAAGAAGUACCUUGAUGGAUUUGACAAGAAUGAGAAGCUUGCCAAGUCGCUUGUUAAGAGCUACUUAAAGCAGAUCCUUGAGGCUAUUUUAUUCUGCCACCAGCGGCGUGUGCUGCACCGUGACCUGAAGCCCCAGAAUCUGCUCAUUGACCAGAAGGGCACGAUCAAGGUGGCCGACUUUGGUCUGGCCCGUGCUUUUGGCAUCCCUGUCCGUGUCUAUACCCAUGAAGUGGUUACUCUCUGGUACAGAGCCCCCGAGGUACUCUUGGGUGCUCAACGAUACUCCACUCCAGUUGACAUUUGGAGUAUUGGCUGCAUCUUUGUUGAAAUGAUCAACCGCAGACCUCUGUUCCACGGGGACUCUGAGAUUGACCAGCUUUUCCGUAUUUUCAGGACUCUGGGCACCCCUACUGAGCAGACUUGGCCAGAUGUUGCCACACUUCCCGACUACAAGCCAAGUUUCCCCAGCUGGAAAGAAAAUAUCCUGCCCACCCUGCUGCCUGACAUGGACAACAAGGCCAUAGACCUGCUCAACAAAAUGCUGGUCUACAAUCCUGCCAAGAGGAUUUCAGCACGGGAAGCCCUCAAGCACCAGUAUUUUGAUUAAACCCCUGACAGACUGCUCAGCCUUUCCACAUGUUAGGUUCCAUUGAAAAUACUUGAACUUUGGGAGCCCCGGCUUCUUUGUCCACGUUGAGGUAAUGUAUGGGAAGAGGGACCAAGGAGUCAGCUAUGUUGUCUCAAGGCAUUACAGCAGUACGUUUUUAUUCUAUUUUAGAUAUUUUUUAUAACUUUGUGUGUGUGCGCGUGUGUAUGUGUAAAUUUUAUGCGAGAUUGCGUGUAUUUUGACUUUUCUAUGUACAGCCUCCGUUAGACACAUUAAAAAUCCACACUGUACAGUUGUGUGCCUCAUUAGCAGCACGCUACUAUCCUUUUGCAUGUGUGCUGUUGUAAUUAAGACUACUUCCAUAGGCCUGGCUAACUAGAGUUGAAAAUGAACAGGCUGAUCAAGUGGUGUCUUCGCAGAAGUAUGUUAUAACUUCAGCUGCUAGAAAUCACCAGAGGUUGAAGUGGCUUGCUAGCCGUUUAGCUUCCUCAUUGCAGCCUGCUGCACCCCCUAUCCUCUUCCAGUCUUUUGUUCUUUUGGCUGUAAUUAUGUGCUAUGUGUAAAUUGAGCACAAGUCUAAUGCUCCGAACUAUUCUUACUUUUCCUAUUGAGUUUCAUGAGAAACAAAUUCACAAUCGUCAACGACUUCAUUCUCAUUUGUCACCUGUUGUCAGGGUUUUUGUGGGGCAUUUUCCCUGCUUUAUUUGUCUUGCAUGUCAUGUGGCUGUAUUUGCUUGCUGCAUGAGUGAUAUAUAUAUAUUUUUUUAAUUACUAUUUUUCUCGAAGUUUGUCGCCCAUGGCAAGUGUACUGGCUUGUUUUAAGUUAAUUCUGCUGCUUUUGUGCAUGUUAGCCAAGUGGCGUGCAGUGUACUUGAGCUUACAGUGUUUAACAGCAGCCUUAUGGCUGGCAAAGCUGUGUAGGCAGGUGACCACACUGCACAAUUGACAAACUCUGGAGUGCUGCAAUUUUUGUUUGUUUAUUGACAUUUUCAACCAUACUUCAAGGGCAUGCUUUGUCCUGAUAUGAGGAGAUACACACCUGGAAAUUUAUAUUUUUCCAUGACCAAAAGGUUGAAUGGCCUUAAUGUUGCAAUAAGAGCUAGCAAAGUCUUAUUAUAUACAUAUCCCUGCCAAAAGAUGACUCUACAGUAAACCCCCAUUAUUGCGAAAUCAUCAGGACAGCAAAUAAGCUCCAUUGUAUAAGCUGUACUUAAAAAUGUGUGGUGUCUCUCCUAAAAAGGUGUGGCAAUAUAGUAAGAGCCCUCCAACACUGGCAUUAAAGUUUGUGUAUCCUUGUUUCUGGCAAAGUGUCAAUGGCAUUCCUGUUGAUAAGGGAAAAAUGGGUGUAAUUAUAUAUAAGGCAUUUAAACUGGGGUAAGCUAAAAGGUGGCAGUAUAAGCCACAGUCCUUUCCAUCUCGGCUUUUUUCUUCUCGUGUUGUAUGCCUUUGAAUGUAUACAAUCAAGGCUGAUCUUCAACUUUCAUUAAGUCACUGAACUGCCUUUCUACAAUAAGAGCUGUUUGAAAUACAAGGUUCCCUGAUCAUUUAUGAUUUGAUGAAGCCUCCAUAUUGCACUUGGGCAACCUGAAGUUUUUGCUGUAAUGUCAGCUAGUCCUCUGUGGCUUUACUAUUGUCAUGUCAUUGUCACUGGCAAUGCAUUCUGUGUACAAACCAUGACAACCAAGGGCAAAAAUGUUUUGUACUAACAUUCUUGCAUUUUUAUACUCCAUGCUGGCUUAUGUGAAGGACGUGUUUGUUCUUUGUGCUAAGUGGAAUGUUGUCCCAUCACAUUGAGAGUUUGUGGUAUAAAACUUCAGUUUUUUGUUGCAGAAUUGCAAAAACACGAAGUAAAGAAACUUCAUUGUAAUAGGGGUUUACUGUAAUAUAUACGUUAAGUGGAAUGCAUGAAGCAUUUCUGUGGCCUCAUUGAAGGGAGCAGGAAGUUAGUUCAACAAUCGUUUGCAAGUACAGCAUUAUAUUCAAAACUUUUUUUUUGUUUUGACUGUUGGUGCCAAUUACCCUGUUGCACCAUUUUUCCUCGGCUUCACUGCAUGUGACAGCUGAAGUGUUUGUGCCAAUUAUCCUCCACAGUAUUUUUUUCUUGCACCAUGUCCACAAUCUCGGGAAAUGUGCAGACCUGCACAUGAGUGUUCCUGCCCAUUUCUUUUCCGUGCAGGCUGGUUGGAUAUGUUUGAGAGCUUUUCAGCAAACACUGCCACUUCUGCUCAUUGUUAUCCAGCAGUGAGAUGUUCUUCGCUGUCAAAUAAAAAUUUCUUUCCUCCAA